CUAGCCUUUUAACACCCACACCUGACUCCUCAAUAGUGGUGUUUAUUUCACGGAAAACCUAAAAUCCGGGAGUAAAAUGGAGUGUAGAAAACACGUAGAGAGAGUGAAUACUUUCAAGCAGCGUGGGAACACGCAUAAAUGGAGGGAACACUUUGAAGAGAAUCAAUGAUGUUAGGACUCUUAUUGUGAAGGCUUAUCGCCGGAAGUUGUGCUGUUGCCGUUCAGACUGCCAUCACGGAAGAAGAAUUGAGCUCGUGCCACUUCUAAAACACAUAAAUUAAGGCCAUGAAAAAGAGGUUUAACAUCAAUUUAGACGAUUCGGCGUUCAGUAAGGAGAGAAGCCCGCCGAAGCAGCAAUUCCAGCCUUCAUCUAGAGCAGGACCAGCGAAUGCAACUUCAGCUGUAUCCGGUGGGACGUCAGGCGCGCAGCCACUGUCCUACGCUGAAUACAUCAUCCAGAGUAAAAACAAAGCUCCUCACGUCGAUGUUGGCCCUAAACUCAAGACCAGUGACCUCAAGGAGGCUGUGGGUUUGGAGCAAAAGGUGUGCGAUGCAGUGACAGCUGGAGACAUGAGUGGAGCAGAUGACGCUAAGAAGACUGUUGAGGUUGCUGGUACCGAUUUGAAUGACAGACAAAAGUCAGAUCCUUGCCUUGUACCCAAAGCCGUGGGCUUCGGCAGCUCCAUUGUAGUCAGCCCGAGACAGAGGGGAAAUCCUAUUCUCAAGUUUGUCAGAAGUGUUCCGUGGGAGUUCGGAGAGGUUGUGCCCGACUACGUCCUGGGUCAGACCACCUGUGCCCUUUUUCUCAGCCUAAGGUACCAUAACCUCAAUCCAAACUACAUCCAUGACCGGCUAAAGCAGCUUGGACAGACCUUUACCCUCAGAGUCUUGCUAGUUCAAGUAGAUGUGAAAGAUCCUCAUCAUGCACUGAAGGAGCUUGCUCGAAUCUGCAUCAUGGCAGACUGCACUCUUAUUCUGGCUUGGAGUCCAGAGGAAGCAGGCCGUUACUUGGAAACGUACAAGUCAUAUGAGAAGAAACCUGCAGACCUCCUGAAGGAACAAGUGGAGAAGGACUACCUGUCUAAGGUGACCGACUGCCUGACAACUGUCAAGUCCAUUAACAAAACCGAUGCGAUUACGCUGCUCUCCACUUUCUCAUCUGUAGAUGGAAUCAUGAGUGCUUCCAAAGAAGACCUGGUUGUUUGUCCGGGCCUUGGACCACAAAAAGCAAGAAGACUCCAUGAUGUCCUCCACAAACCUUUUUUGAAGUCGAAGACAAAAGAUAGUUGACAAAAUAUCCACUUGUUGUGAGAGAUGAAAUGAUGUAUAAUUGACAAUUAUAUCAAUUACUGUCAGACCAUUUUAGACAUCAAGAAGAAUGUUUCUACUCUAACAAUGACGAUAUUUGUGUGGGCAAAAA